GAGUAUACUAUAGUAUAGUUGAGCACUGACAUCGAUGACCCUGAAAAUGGUACUGAGGAAACAGAAGAAGAAAUUAAGAAAUGGGUUUUAUCUUCACAAACCAACAAAAAAGUGAGCAGUGGAGAAGUAGUGGAAGAAAGGACAGCAAUGGAGAGGAGAUAGAUAAGCAUUAACCCUCACUUCUUCAAUUCUUCCCUACUUCUACUUGUCUCUUUUGCAAUUUCUAAGUGGGAGUGGAAACUUGUACACUUCCUUUUUCCCUCUAAAUUUUCUGUCCCCCCCUUUUUUCCAUUUUCCCCCUUUUAACUUGCUAACUUUCUGGGGUCUCAUGAAGACGCCAUUAUCGUUCUUCUCCAUCUUGCAUUUCUCCUCUCUUCUCUCCAAAUGGGUUUCUCUCUUUCUUCUUCUUCUUCUUGCUUUCCCACUUCCUCUCUUUCAAUUAAGAUUACAAAGCCCUAUUGUGAUGUCAGACUUAGCCAUAGAUCCUUUAUCACUACAAGAAGUCAUAAGCCCAAUCUUUUAGGCCAACCAGUUCAUGGCUUGACUACAGAUGCAUCGAAAAACUGGAGUUUUAUUACAGGGUCAAGAAUUGCUACUAAACCGAAACUUGCAAGACUAGAUUUGUCCAAGAACAUUCGUGGAGUACAUGCCUCAUGGUUGGCAAACGCUCAAGUUGCUAGCAAUGCUUUUACUUUAGGUACAAUAGCUGUUCUCCCCUUUUAUGGCCUCAUGGUUCUGGCCCCUAAAUCAGAAUUGACUAAGAGAUCUAUGCAAAGUAACAUACCAUAUGUAGUGCUUGGGCUUCUAUAUGCAUAUCUUCUUUACCUUUCUUGGACACCAGAAACUAUGCAGCUUAUUUUUGCGAGCAAGUAUUGGCUGCCAGAGCUACCUGGUAUAUUAAAGAUGUUCUCUAGCGAAAUGACACUUGCUUCUGCUUGGAUUCACCUACUGGUUGUUGACCUCUUUGCUGCAAGGCAGGUUUUCCAUGACGGAGUUGAAAAUCAAAUCGAGACCCGACAUUCUGUCUCUCUUUGCCUUUUCUUUUGCCCUAUAGGAGUCCUCAUUCAUGUUAUCACCAAAGCACUAACAAAUAGAGAUGGUCCUGCAAAACAUGGAACGUAACAAGGCAGAAUACAUCUCAACUAAUGCUUCACCCAUCCCCAGAAUUUGUUAUUUAAGCGAUCUGCCGAAAUCCUCCUUUUUAAUUUAUUCAUAAAAUUGCAAUUCCAGGCCGGCAAAUGUCAUCAGAGUUUGGAAGUUAAUGCGAACUUUUAGCACCAAAUAAACUCCCUUAUUUUCCUCUCUGAGUACUGGAUGGCUGGAAAUCUAUGUUUGUAUUCAAAUCAUAGCAU